GAGACCCCAAUGGAUUUCUAGUCCAUCGCCUUAACCACUCGGCCACGACUACUCUAUUCCUGUACAUACUGAAGUAAGGAAAUGUCACUAUUUCUCUCUUUUGCGAUUAAACAUGAGAAUUAAGAGCCUGUUAAUACAUCAUCGCUCCCCGUCGCUGGGGAAGUCUCGCGAAGCGUGCCCAGCGAUAGCAGGGAUCGACCGUGGAGACGUGGCGGUAUUGGCAGGCUAGAGAAUUAAUUGACCUACAUGAAGACCAGAAAAUGAUCAGUGAAAAAAAGGAACAGUAAUCGAGUCACACCAAAGCCGUUUUAUCUCUCCCACUGAAUCUUCGUGGAGGAUUUACUUAAAAGUAAAUCAAAAGGUUUUUCUGAUCAACACAAUGAUAUAAACGUAAACGUUGGAAAGUACAACAUUUGCUUUAGAUUAUCACAGAGCCCGUCGUAGGGAUGAUUUAUACUUGGUCAAAAAGAUGUUAAAAUUAUAUUUCGAUUACUUUCUAUAUGCUCUGGUAUCACCAACGAGUUGAAAACUAAUUAAAUUAAAAAACAUAGAAAGAAAAAGAAAUCAAUCACAAAAGGAUUAUCCAAGUUUUUUUGCGACUUCUAUCUUAAGAGGUUGCUCUGUGUUGCAUACUACUAUACGCGCUACAGGAACAAGGAAAACAAUUUUUAAAAAAGAGUGAAAAAGGGAAAUUCCUUUAGCAGAGCGAGGUUUUGAUCCUCGGACCUCUGGGUUAUGGGCCCAGCACGCUUCCACUGCGCCACUCUGCUAUCGGCGAUCCAGAGAAGUUCUUCCGAGUUAUCUAAAGAGAUCUUGUCACAGUCUCUGUAAAGCUGGUGUAGAUCGUAAAUGUCAAGACAGUCUCAACAGUUUUGCACCUCGAUUAAAAAAAUAGUGAGUAAGUGUUAAAAAGAAAUACCCUUUUUCAUUUGCACUAGAUUUCAAUCUGUAAAUUCGUUUACAUUGACUAGUAUUCUCUCCUGGUUUCACUUUGCUUCUGCUGCUUUGCUCUUCCCAUUUCAAAAGAGGGAAGAAAAACUUUUCAAGUUGGUAAAUCAACACGGAAAAAAGUAAGUAAAAAGUGAAACAAAAAAAUCUCAAAAAUAAGUCAAGAAAAAAAACAUAGCAGAGCAAGGUUUUGAUCCUCGGACCUCUGGGUUAUGGGCCCAGCACGCUUCCACUGCGCCACUCUGCUUCGCGUGUCUUUGAGAAGUUUCUUUGCUGCUCUGAUGAUGGUAAGCGCGAAAGUUGGAAUGAUAGGAACGCAGGAUACGUUUAAGGUGAAGUGAUGGUGACUUACUGUUGCCUUGGAAUCGCGUUGGUAUUUGGAAGAUUUAAAACAGUACCUUACCCUUUAACUAUAACUUUUAUGAGAUCUCAUUGAGAAACGUUUCUGUAGUAUAACAGAAUUCAAAGUGACCCGUGUUUAAUAAAGGCUUAAAUGUUUUUUUUUUAAAAUGACAAGUGGCUGCUUGAAUUAAAGUCUUGUAUCAUUUGGAUUUCAUAAACGGCUCCAAUAAUAGAGACCCUGCGAGCAAGCUGUUGUGUUAGGGUUUAGUGCUUUCAGUAACUCUUAUAUUUUAAGUCGUAGAUAAAACGUGAAGCCUCUUAAAUUUGUCUCCACUUAGUGAUUGCCCUGUCCACGUUUAAAAGAUACGUUGAGAAAUGUUGGCCUAGAUAGCAAUGAUAUUGGUGGUAGUAGUGGGUCAGUAGUUUAUCCGCUAAGGUUUGCACCGAAAACACUUUAUUGGCGGAGAGCCCACCACGUGACCUGCAACUGCCUACAAUUAUUAAAUUCGGUUAUCGCAAAAUAUCGUGAUUUGUCAGUGUCUCGCAGAAUAAUUGAUCUGCUCGCCACUGACAAAUCACGAUAUUUUGCUCAACCUCCUCUAAUAUGUUAGAAUGAUCAACAUCUUAGUCGUGAUUAUGGACACGUCUUGAUGGCAAGUCAUAUUUGAGUGUGAGUCGGAUACUGUAAGGGUUAACGGUAUUCUGACGUCUCUAAGUCCAUAUGUAUGAACUUUUGACGCUUAAGGUUGGUUUUCGCUAGCAACGGAGUCGGAAUCAUAGUCAGAAUUGCACGGUGUUAUAAUUAUAUGAUCUAGUGAUACAAGUUACCCAUUCCGCAUCCUACGCUUGCCUAUAUUUCAUGAGCCUGGUACGAAAGAAAACUUUGUCUUCUAUUUCCAAGUCGAAUCAAACUUCAACUACUUUUAUAAAACUAAUAUUCAGUGCAAUUUUGUAUUCCUACCGUUAUCAACAAGCUUGUAGUCGUGGCCGAGAGGUUAAGGCGAUGGACUUGAAAUCCAUUGGGGCAUCCCCGCGCAGGUUCGAAUCCUGCCGACUACGUUCUGUCCGAAAGGUAAACACUUUCUCACAGCAAUAUACAAUAACUACGACCGUCAGCUUCUUUCUCUUACUGUCUGUUGCACUUGCCCUUUAACAAGUUCCUUGAUUGUAUUUUUCAACACGGCCCUUUGCUCUCUGUAUUUUUGCGCCUCGCUAUUCGCCUUUUUUCCCACCAAGGAUCCUAAGCCCUGGAUAUUUCGGGUAUUUUCUAGUAGAAGAGAAUCCGGCGACUGUGGAAGUGUUGCUAACAGCUUAUCAUCUCUAUAAAGCCGACAAUAGCCCAGGACGUUUCUUUAUAAUUAGUAUUUGCAUUAAAGAUUCCAGAUUUGUUGGUUUUGAAAGCAAUGGGAAGAGUUUGUAAGUUAUAAAACAACAAUUUGGGCACGUUUGGUGGCAAAAUACUGCACCAUUUUUAUAAAUUUUGAUUUUUCGGACCUGAAAUUUGAACGGGAUUUUUAAGAAACCGUCCCGUGACCAGCAUCAAAAACAAAAAGGAAUGCCAAGGAAUCCAAGUUGCCAACGUUUUAAAUCAGUACAAAUUUAAUCUUGACACUUGUUUCUCGGCUGGAGAAACUUUGAAGAUUUUUUCUUCAGUAGUCUUCUUUCACACAACUGCAUGGAACGAAAAACAACAACAACAAAACGUUAUAGCAGAGCGAGGUUUUGAUCCUCAGACAUCCGAGUUAUUGCCCAGUACGCUUCCACUGCAUGCGGCACUCUGCUAACGUUAGUAUAGAAAAAGCUGAUAAACAACAGUCACUAUAAAAAAAAAAAGGAAGCCUGGUUUAAUAUUGGUUUACUCUUGCAUCAGCUGCUUACCAAUUUUUGCUCAGCUUUUGGUUAUCAAUUAGAUUAUUACCAACGCGAUUCCAAGGCAACAGUAAGUCACCAUCACUUCACCUUAAACGUAUCCUGCGUUCCUAUCAUUCCAACUUUCGCGCUUUGCUCGCACAGGCAUCUGGGAACUCUUACUAAUCGGAGCAGCAACGAAACUUCUCAAAGACACGCGAAGCAGAGUGGCGCAGUGGAAGCGUGCUGGGCCCAUAACCCAGAGGUCCGAGGAUCAAAACCUUGCUCUGCUAUUUUUAUUUUUAUCAGUAAAAAAAAUGCGAUACUUUCCUCCAAAAUCCGGAGAGAACGAGGAUCGUACUUGUGCGAACUCGAGAAUAUUCGUUAUUUUGGGUAUUCCAAGAAGAUUCCGUUUGUAGUUUUGUUUUGGUUUUCUCUGAAAUAAUCAUCAGCAGCACAUCUUGUGACAUAAACUCGUUUUUCUUACUUGACCACCAGUGCCAUGUAAGCCCCUGGCUUCAUCGUUUUUUUGAUCCAUGCAAUAAAGAAUUAUCUGAAACAAAGGUGACUUUAAAAAGCGCAACAUUCGCUGUGCAAAUUGCAUUCAGUAAAGGGUCAAUUUAAUUUGCUUUUAAAAAAUGUCUUGCAUUUACUGUUUAUCAUAGCUCGCAGAACUACUUUUUCUAGGGUUGCCUCAUUACAUUACUACAACAACAGUAACAAAAGUGCGUUGUAUCAUCGGCAUAUAGACGAUUUUUCUCUUACUCUGCAUUCGCUUUUCGUUCACCUUUUAAAGCAGGGCUAUCAAUACUUUCCUCUUCAUUUUUAAUCUAUUCACCGUAUGUUUCAAGAUUUUUUUUUUCUACAGGGUGUGUAAAUAGGGUCGAAAUAGAUCAUCUCAGCAAUGACGUUUUCACCCGCCUUCUAAAUUUAGAGACAGAAACGGCACAUACUCACACAACGGCAAUGUUUGUUGAACACCUUUGAACAAAUAUCUGAAUCACUAUUGGGUCGGUUUAUCUCAUUGACUCUUAGAGAACAACGCAAAAAAAAAAAACCAAGAUCCGAUAGCGAUCUAGAUCUAUGUAGCCUUGAACUGCUACAGUUCUCGCUAACGUGAGGAGCAGUGAAAGAACAACCUUUCGCCAUAUUGUUUUUUCUUCGGACAACUCUUAACAAAGCCGGGUUUUUUCCCGGGAUUACUCUGGUAUCCACCCCAUUAUGAACCGGAAGUAGUCGUGGCCGAGUGGUUAAGGCGAUGGACUAGAAAUCCAUUGGGGUCUCCCCGCGCAGGUUCGAAUCCUGCCGACUACGAUAGUUACCCUUUUAAUUUUUGACUUUUUCAUGCCACUUUUUACUCAUAUUAGGCCAGAAAUGCGGCAUAUAUACCCAGGCUGCCUGGUUUUUUUUUUUUUUUUGCACGUCGGGUUAUUUACAGAUCGACGGCGCGAUACUGGCGACCUUGUAGUUCUUGGAAGAUAUCACGGGAUUGGUUGAGAAAACAAUGAACAAAUAAAGUUAACAAUGGACCCCAGCCCGAAAAACAAAGUUGCGACCCGUCCAUAGGGUCCAAUUAAAUCAAAAAGUUCUGGAAGAGCCGCUGCAGGCUACUGACGCCAUUACAAGCAGUGAAGCUCGCUUGACCGAACAGAAAGACGUUAGCGGCAAAGUUAACGAUCACAAAGAUGUCACUGAUAUUGUCUCUAAUAAAUGAAGAGAUUUGUUUUAGUUCAUGCUGCCAAUUUUUUCUUGUUCUGGUUUCUAUUCCGAAUUUUUGAAACAACGUCGCUGGCCGCUGAAAACAUCAGUAAGAACUCCGCUAUACAAACACACAGUAAUGUUAAACUUAUGCAUUAGCCUUU